AUGCUUGGUGAGGCGUAUGAGAAGGUUCACAACUGCAUCCCGGACUUAAUACGUCAACCGAAACCAACAGUUCCAGAAUCAUCAUACGCUCCGUGUGGUCACUUGGUCUUCACCACAUCGGUAGCCGGUCAAAUAGCAGCGCCAGGGCUCUCAACCUACUGUGCUUCAAAGGCGGCGCUCUCAAUGUUUGCUGAAUGUUUAAGUCUGGAGGUGGCGCGACAGAACAUUUCUGAUAAAAUUCAUGUUACGGAUGUUCGGCCCUUUUACAUGAAUACGCGAAUGUUCAAAGGCUGUAGCUCGAGGCUUUCUGUCCUUCUCCCAAAUAUUGAAACAAAAGAUGCGGCCCGUCGGAUAGUAUACGGUAUCCGCCACCGCGAAUUCAUUGUCUAA